AGGAGGAGAACCAGGAGAGGAGGAGAACCAGGGGAGGAGGAGACACUGAAAGAUGGCGCAGGUUCCACAGCAGCCAUCAGAGGAGAGAACAUCUGGAGAGCAGAGAGCAGAUGUGGAGCAGCAGGAGGAGGAGCCUGAUAGCAGGACGCUAACAGCAGCUGCCGCCAUCAAUGUUAAAGAAGAGGCUCCUGAUGCCGACCAGCAGGAGCUCCACCGCAUCAAGGAGGAACAGCUGAGUGUGAAGGAGGAGGAGGAGACGCAUGAUAGCAGCUUUCCUUCUGUUCCCGUGAAAACUGAGGAGGAGGAAGAGAAACCUCUGUUCUUUCAGCUUCAUCCGCACAAAACUGAAGACGCAGGUUUUCCAAUCAGAGCUUCGGCCGAACAUAUAAAGGUAGAAAUGAAAGAGGAGGACUCUGGAACAGCAGAGACCAGCAGGAACACGGAUCUAAAGAGUCACGGAGGCUCUGGAGAGCGUGGAGAAGAUUCUGAAACCGAGGAUAGCGAGGAGGAUCGGGAAGAGAGCAGAGUUCCUGAGUCAGACACAAACACUGUUAGCAAAUCUGGGAAACAAGAAGCUAACAGAUCUAUUCAGAGUCGUUCUACGCCGAGAUCCAUGACUUCAGGACGUUCCAUCGAUGAGAAAUGGUUCACAGAGACGAAAGAAGAAGAAUCACUAAAGAAAAAUACUAAACAGCUAAACUGUAGUGAUGCUAACAUGAACACGAGGGAGAAGUUAUUUGAUUGUACUGUUUGCGAAAUUAGAUUCACUAGAAAACAUUCUUUAGACAUGCACAUGAGAAACCACACAGGAGAGAAACCCUUCGAAUGCGAUACUUGUGGAAAAAAGUUUAUCACCAAUUCAAUUUUAAAAAGACACAUGAAAGUCCACACUGGAGAGAAACCUUUCAGUUGCGACACUUGUGGUAAAAGUUGUUACUCAAAGUCUGAAUUAAACAGACACCAGAAAAUCCACACAGGAGAGAAACCCUUUAUAUGUGAUAAUUGUGGGAAAGGAUUCAUCUCCAAGUCCAAUUUAAACAGACACAGAAAAAUCCACACUGAAGAGAAACCCUUUGUCUGUGAUUGUUGUGGUAGAGGAUGUUCCUCAAAGUCUGAAUUAAAAAGACACAAAAGAAUCCACUCAAAAGGAAAAGCUUACGGUUGUGAUACAUGUGGGAAAAGAUUUAACUCCAAAGGAAAUUUAAAUAUUCAUAAACAAAUUCACAGUGGAGUAAAACCCUUUGACUGUGAUGUUUGUGGAAAAGGAUUUAUCACACAGUGUGCUUUAAUCAGACACAUGAGAACCCAUACAGGAGAGAAACCCUUUGUUUGUGAUGCCUGUGGGAAGGGAUUUACCACCACGUCAAACUUAAACACUCACAAACUAAGUCAUAAUGGAGGAAAUGUUUUUGUUUGUGAUGCUUGUGGAAAAGCAUUUAGCUCCAGUGCUUAUUUAAAAAUGCACAAAAGAAUUCACAGUGAAGAAAAACCAUUUGUUUGUGAUGCUUGCGGAAAAGGAUUUACCUUCAAUUCAUAUUUAAAGACACACAAAAUAAUUCACCACGGAGAAAACCCGCUUCGUUGUGAUAUUUGUGGGAAAAGAUGCGCAUCAACGUCAUAUUUUAACAGACACAUGGAAAUUCAUUAUUCUGCUGAGAAACUUGGAGGAAAAAAGUUACCCUUAGUUGACAUAUUAGCAACACGUUAAAAUCCACAGAGAAGAAGAACUUCUGGCCGGUUUGUAAAGUAUUUCCACCCUGAGGCUGUAGAGCAGCGGCUUCAGACCCAGAGCCUUGGUGUCCUGAAACGUUCACGCUUCCUGCAGGGCUUCAGGCGGCCAGGAUGAGAUAAACAGCUUCACCCGGUCUGACUGCCCCCACACCGGCCCCCUCCCUGCCCUCACCUCUUCACUGAGGGGGGGCGAUCUCCACCCUGUGUAAGACCUCCUGUGUGGCACCGGUUCCCCAAAAUUACUAUUCAUUAUUAAUAAUAUCUUUUAUGUUCCAGAUGCUCCUGUUCUUCCCUCCAUCUCCAACCUUCUAACUAUUUAUUCCCAAUUAACUUCUUCGAGGCCCAAAAACUUUUCCUUGAUCCUGAUUUUCUCUGCCUUCUGAUCGGCUCUGAUUGGCUCUGAGCCGUUAAUGACGGACGCUAUGAAUAAAAUGAGUCUCUACUGUUAUUUGCGUCUCCUGUUCACCGCCUCAUCCCAGCAAAGGCGCGUCAGCCAUAAGGUUCCGCUUUAAAAACACUCCUUUAAGCGUCGGCUUAGCGCCUACAAUAAAUACUAUUUUUAUUUAUUUUUCUGUCAACCUUCCUUCAAUAAAACUCUUUCUUCAUCUAAACUGCGUUCUGCUAAUUCCCCUUUAUUCCCUUAAUUCUCUAACCACCUUUCUCCUCCUUUAACUCCUCUAUCUCUCCUUUCCCAUCUCACCUCCACCAACCUGCAGCGUUUAUUUAUUUUUAAACCAACUCUGGGCUCCUCAGAGCGACCAGCCUCCACCUUCCCAGAUCACUUUCUGAUCCAUAAACGCUGACGGCUGUUUCCCAGAUUUAGAAGGAGUUUGAUUUAUCAGUUAACUUUGAAGCUGCUGCUGCUCCUGUGAUUGGCUAAAAAACUCACCAUGGAGGCAGGUAGCCAAUCAGCUGGAAGAAUUGCUCUGGAUCUCUUUUCUCUUAUUUGUUCAAGAUGUAAACAAUAAAGAAGUAAUGUUUUAUAGGAUACUGAAGGUAUUUAAUCCAUAAGAUUGUUUUUUAUUGUUAUUUUAUUAAUGAUUUGUUGUUUUAUUGUUGGUCUGCUCUAUGUUUUAUAAAAUAAAGUGAAUAUUGGGUCAUUAGCUAGAGAUCCAUUAAGAUCUUCCAUCGCUUUAAGGUCAAUAUUCAUUAUUUCCCAUCAAUCUGUUGGUUUUGAUGGAGGGAAGGUUUGUCGCCACCUGCUGGUGACUCAUCCUGCAAAUAAAAACUCAUCUGUUUAAAAUUCUUUACUCUUUUUAAUAAUAAUUUCCCAGCCUUUGUAUUUUUUAAGGUUUUAUUUUGUUUUUUGACUUUGCUUCUGCUUUUGUGUUUUUAUCUUUGGUACGGUGGCCUGGAGGGUCCAGAAAGGUGCCUUUAAAAUAAAAUGCAUUAUUAUUAUUAAAUCUGUAAUGAGAGAAGCUUCAAAUUAGAAACUCUUGAAUUAGUCACGUUUUUAUUUGGAUUUAAUAAAAAAUCAUUUUUAUAAACAAUAGAAAUAAAAAAAAAAUUCAUCCUUCAUUUGCUUAAAAAUCGGAAUGUUUAGUUUUCCUGUUUUUAGACCAGAAGCUGAAGAUGCUGCUGAGUUCUGGAAAGAAGCUUUAAUUCUGAGAUUAAAGUCAAAAAAUUUGACUUUGUUCCCAUAUUAAACUGAAAUUAAAUAAAAAAAUCUGUUAAUUUUUUUAUUUUUCUAGUGACUCUAAACCUCUUCUGGCGACUAUUUACUG